CCAAUUUUUGCGUGUAGCUAUGCGGUGUCACGUAUUUUCUUGUUUUAGGUGAUAAUUGAAGAAACAAUGGCUAAUUCUUUUGAAAAUAGUAUGAAUGAUGUAAAUGUCAUCUCGGAGGAUUUGGACCUGCUUCACAUUGAGGUGGACACAGAUUUGACUGAGAACAGACCCGACAGAGAAAAUGCAGUUUGUUCUAAAAAUGUCUUGAGGAAGCAGCGACACUGGGAGAGACAACUGACUGCAAAAAAGAGCAAACGAAAAAAGGAGAGGCAACGUAGGAAGCUUAAUCGAGAGCAAUCUGAUGGUGAUGCAGACCGUCCUCAGCAUACCAAAAGGGUGCUGAAGGCCAUUACUAAAGAGCGUUUGGCAGAAGCUCAGUCCACAGGUCCCAGACUGUGUGUGGACCUCAGUAUGACGGACUGCAUGUCUGACAAGGAGAUCAGCAGACUGUCUGGGCAGCUCAGACGCCUCUAUGGCUCAAACAAAAAGGCAUCUCGACCAUUUCACCUGUUUCUGACGGACCUGAGAGAGGACAGCCGCUUGUACAGAGAGUGUGUGCGAAUGAACGAUGGCUUCCUCAACUACGCUAUGGACCUAAUGGAAGAAAGCUGUUUAGAUCUAUUCCCAUCAGUGACAAUUGUUUACCUCACACCAGAUGCUGAACAAGCUUUACAGAGUGUGGACCCUGGCAAAGUGUAUGUUCUUGGUGGACUUGUGGAUGAAAGCAUUCAAAAGAAGUUGAGCUUGGGCAGAGCCAGUGAGUUGAGCGUUCUCACAGCCAGACUCCCAAUAGAAGAAUACAUGAUCAAGAAAAACAACCCAAAAAACUUCCACUCUAAAAUACUGGCUAUUAACCAGGUUUUCGACAUCUUAUUGACAUUCUGUGACACUGGCAGCUGGACAGAGGCCUUCAGGUUGUGGUUUCCUUUGGGGAAGGGAUACACCGUUGACCCAAAUACCUCAAAAUCUCAAAGUUAGUGGGACAUCCUCUGUUUAAUUUACAUUUAAUUUAUUGGCAGCAAUGUACAUAGGAUAUAGCACAUUAUUUUUUUGCACACACUUGAUGAGAUCUUUGAUGGUGCUCAACUUUUCUAGUGGAGAGUCCCUCACCUGCUUGUCUCCAUGAAAGUGUUAUUGGGUUACCCUGAAAAAGUCUGAUCUGUGGUUAAGUUACACGUAUGUACAUGUAUUUUUUUCUUACAACCCAAGUAAAACCAAAAUGUGUAUAACAU